AUGUCAGCUUUUGUGACCCUAACUUCCUUUACUCCCGCAAUCUCGAAUACUACAGACAAGGCAGUGAAGCCUACAAAGCCAAAGAAAGCCCUUAAUGCAUUCAUUGGCUUUCGCUGCUACUACAUUAGUAUGCUGGAGUUUAAGGCGUUUCCCAUGAAGAAACUCUCUAACAUGCUAGCUGAAAUGUGGAAUGAAGACACAAAUAAACCUGUCUGGGCCUUGUUAGCGAAGACAUGGUCCCAUAUCUGUAAUCAGAUUGGCAAGGAGAAUGUGCCUCUCAUUCCGUACUUCGAGCUCAUGUGCCUGGCUAUGCUGUUACCUUCACCUGAUGAGUACUUCAAGACUUUCUACUGGGAGCUCCAUCUAAAUGAACAAAAUGAUCUAUAUAUCGUCCACAUCUCCAACCCUCCCGAAGAUACCACAACAAAGUCUGGCACAAAUAUGUCGGUCGAAGAGAUCAUCUGUUAUUGCCAGGCACACAACUACGCGAAGGAAUUCAAGUUCAAUGGUGACCUUGCUACUUCAUCUACGUUCCAUGUCCCGCUUAAACCGGGUUAG